AUGUGGCCUGUGACGAAACAAACGCAGGAAGUGGCACCUGACGUGGACUUGGAACACGUAACUGCUAUACACGUUGCGUCUGACACUUUACCGCCAGUUCCCGACCCUGAAAGGUUUUCUUCGUGGAUAAGACUACUUAAAGCUACUAGCACUGUGUUAAUGUUUAUUGAUAAAUGUAAAAAGCUUACCUGUGAAGUAGACCGCGAGUUGAUGGACCGGGCCGCGCGCUUACUUCUAAAAUACGCGCAAGCCCAAUCAUUUUAUGAAGACUUAGAGAACCUGAAAAAGAAAAAUACAUUAAAUAAAAAGAGUAAACUACUUACCUUGACGCCGAUUCUUGAUGAGCAUGGAUUACUGCGAGUGGGUGGCCGGAUCAAUGCUGUCAGUGAUGUAUCCCGUGAUGUCAAACAGCCAGUGAUCCUCGACGGACGGCACAGAAUCACAAUGCUAAUAGUAAAACACUUUCACGAAAAGGUCGCACACGGACAUCAAGAAGCUGUGGUUAAUGAAUUAAAACAAAAAUAUUGGAUCAUUCGCAUAAGACCAACAGUAAAAGACGUGGCUUCGAAAUGUAUGAUCUGCAGAAUAAGAAAGGCCUCGCCACGACCGCCCCGUAUGGGGGACCUGCCUGAAGCCAGGAUGGCCCACCAUCAUCGAGCAUUCACACACUGUGGUGUGGACCUGUUUGGGCCCAUGGAGGUUACUGUAUGCCGCCGCCGAGAGAAAAGGUACGGUGUACUGUUUACGUGUCUGACGGUACGGGCGAUUCAUAUCGAGAUAGUCACAAACCUCACCACCGAUGCAUUAAUAAUGGCUUUAAGGAGGAUGGCCGCUAGACGUGGAUGGCCUUUGCACCUGUAUUCGGACAAUGGGACUAAUCUAAGAGGCGCCUGCAGUGAGCUCACUAAAUCAGUCAGAGAGUUAGAUCACGACGUACUUAAGAACUUGUCCGCAAAUUAUGGCACGACUUGGCACUUCAUUCCACCAUCUAGCCCACAUUGGGGAGGCGCCUGGGAGAGGAUGAUAAGGAGCGUGAAGGAAUCCCUUAAAGUAAUCUUAAAAGAACGAGCCCCAAAGGAUGAAGUUCUCAACACAUUGAUGGCUGAAGUGGAGCAUAUUACCAAUAGUCGACCACUGACCCACGUAACUGUUGAGCCUAACAGUGAUGAAGCCCUAACUCCUAAUCAUUUUUUGCUUGGCACAUCCUCUAACCUACCUGUGCUGGGAGUCUUUGAUGGGACAGACAUGUACCUCCGCAAACAAUGGCGUAUUGCUCAGCGGCUUGCUGACCUGUACUGGCGAAGAUGGGUCAAAGAAGUCCUACCGCAAAUGCUUCCCCGUAAAAAAUGGUACCACGAGGAGAGACCCUUGCAAGUGGGAGAUCUCGUGAUUAUUGUGGAUCCAGAUUCGCCGAGAAAUGUGUGGCCAAAGGGCGUGAUUGAAGCGGUUAUGCCUGGUAAAGACGGCCGCGUCCGGGUAGUAGAUGUUAAAACUAAGUCUGGGGUUUUGCGAAGACCCGCGUCCCGGAUAGCAUUUGUACCAGUAGGUAAUGAGUGCUGA